CUUUCUUCUUCUUCUCUCUCUAUAAAACCCCAUUGCCAAUUUCUUGAAACAUUUUCAAAUAAGAAUAGAAAAUGGGAAGAUCUCCUUGUUGUGAAAAAGCUCACACAAAUAAAGGAGCAUGGACUAAGGAAGAAGACGAUCGUCUCAUUUCUUACAUCCGUUCUCACGGCGAAGGCUGCUGGCGUUCUCUCCCUAAAGCCGCCGGUCUCCUCCGAUGCGGCAAGAGCUGCCGUCUCCGGUGGAUCAAUUACUUACGUCCCGAUCUCAAACGUGGUAAUUUCACCGACGAAGAAGAUGAACUUAUCAUCAAAUUACACAGCCUCCUUGGCAAUAAAUGGUCCUUGAUUGCUGGAAGAUUACCUGGAAGAACAGAUAACGAGAUUAAGAAUUACUGGAAUACCCAUAUCAGAAGGAAGCUUAUGAACAGAGGAAUAGACCCGGUUACUCAUCGUACCAUUAAUGACCCACCUCAACCGGCGCCGGCGAUGUCGCCGGAGAAUAUGGUUACCACUAUAUCGUUUGCUAAUCCGAUAAUUAUAAACAAAGAUGAAGACAGAAAACCCAAAUUAGGAAGAUUGAUUAAUCAUGAAGUAGAGAAAUGCCCGGAUUUGAACCUUGAGCUUAGAAUAAGUCCGCCGGUACUGAAUCAUCAUCAUCAUCAUCAUCGGAAUUUAUGUUUUUCAUGCAGUUUGGGGAUUGAGAAAGGGAAGGAUUGUAAUUGUGGCGGCGGCGAUGGCGGCGGCGAAUCGAGAAAUAUGAUAAGUUGUGUUAAUUCUGCAACUUCUAAUUAUGAAUUCUUGGGGUUGAGAAGUAGUAACGGUCAUAUGUUGGAUUAUAGAAGCUUGAAGAUGAAGUUGUAGUGAGAAGUGAGAAUUCCAAUUAUUAUAUUAACUAAUUAAUUAAUUAAUUAAUUAGGUUAUAAUUUCUUUCUUUGUCAACCGAAUGUUGUUUAUAUCAAUCAAAUAUAUUUUUCUUAAUUUUCUAUUUUUAUUUUUCAUCUAAAUUCUUAUCUUCUUUAUUGUUUGUCCUUUGCUAUUGUAUAAUUCAUGUCAUUAUAA